AUGCUGGACGACUUCGUGAAGUCUGCCGAGGAGCAGCAAGUCACGUUGCGUAGCAACCUGGAGUCGGAGUACUUCUCUUCUGUUGCAGACGCCAUCAAGGCAUACAAGGCUCUCCAGGAGAAGUACCAGUCGCUGGUGCAGGAAUUCUAUCGCAAGGACGCCGAAUAUCGCACCUCCACCAUGCAGCUGCUGGCGCAAGCGGAUGCUCUGGGCCAGGAGAACCAUCGCAUAAGCAUUGAAAACCAAAACUUGCGUCAACGCAAUAUGGAGUUUAGCAUGCGUCUCCAAACAGCGAGUGAAAAGCGGUUUCAAAACGGGCAAUGCCUACCGAGUAUAAUGAGACCCAAGUCGCCGUACACCCAGACUAAAAACCGUUAA